CGCCGCGGGGGGGCAGUAGAGCUCCGCUCGACUGCUCUGGAUCCACUGCUCAUGCCUGCUGAAACAACAUGGACGCCUCCACCCCGGCACGUGAAGUUUUUAUGAACGCAGUCAGAGUACUACUAUCAACCUGGCCGGUACUACAGAUUGCUGUCGACAAUGGUUUUGGGGGAGCCUUUGGUCAACAGAAGGCCGAAUGGAUGAUUGAUGUUGUUGGGAAAUAUUUCUAUGAAAACUCUGACCUGGUGCCCUCAGAGGUUGAAGACUACGUCUCAGUCCUUCUGGACCAGGAGUUUAAUACCGAAGUGGACGAUGGCAGCCUGGCCCAGCUGUCACAGCAGAUGUGCUCGAUGUUCUCCCAGUGCCAGCAGGGGGCGACGGAGAAAGUCCAACAGACCAUCGCCUCUCUGGCAGAGAAGAACUCGGGGAGGGCAAAGGUCAGCGUGCCCGCCCCUUCUGACGAAGAGGAGAGUGAGGAAGAAACUGAGGCCAUGGAAUGUGAUGCAGCGCCCAGUUCCUCCCAGGCCACAGCUCUCCCCUCCUCCCCCCCAGCCAAGACGCAGGAGGAAGAGGACGGCUGGACCACAGUCCGCAAGAAGAAGUGAUGAAGAGCAGUGAAGUGAUGUUACCCUCUGAACCGUAUAGUGUUGAUGUGAAUUAAACGAUGAGCUUUGUAUAAAAACCAGAAAACCAAA